GGCUAACGGCAUUUUGGGCUGUAUAAGUAGGGGCAUUGCCAGCAGAUCGAGGAACGUGAUCGUUCCCCUUUAUUCGACAUUGGUGAGGCCUCAUCUGGAAUACUGUGUCCAGUUUUGGUCCCCACACUACAAGAAGGAUGUGGAAAAAUUGGAAAGAGUCCAGCGGAGGGCAACAAAAAUGAUUAGGGGUCUGGAGCACAUGACUUAUGAGGAGAGGCUGAGAGAACUGGGAUUGUUUAGUCUCCAGAAGAGAAGAAUGAGGGGGGAUUUGAUAGCAGCCUUCAACUACCUGAAGGGGGGUUCCAAAGAGGAUGGAGCUCGGCUGUUCUCAGUGGUGGCAGAUGACAGAACAAGGAGCAAUGGUCUCAAGUUGCAGUGGGGGAGGUCCAGUGAAGUUUCGAAUCCUCAGUUUGGACGUAAACUUCGUUCCCAGUACCCGGAAGCUGCCCCUGGUGACCGUGCAGGAUCCCAGCGGGAACCGCAUCGCCCAGUGGCGAGAUGUGACUCCGCAGCAGGGCAUCGUGGAUCUGUCCCUCCCACUGUCUGCAGAGCUGGCCCUGGGGACGUACGCCAUCAACGUGCAGAGGACGUGGCACUCGUUCAGCGUGGAGGAAUACAUGCUGCCCAAGUGUGACGUGACCCUUGAGCUGCCCCCCGUGGUGAUGGUGCUGGAUGAGACGAUCCUGCUGCAAGUCUGCGGCCGAUACACCUACGGGAAGCCAGUCCUGGGGAGGGUCCAGGCCAGCCUUUGUCGGCAACAUUACUCCAUGUUUUAUUCUGAUACCAACCAAGGUGGGGAUCUGUGCGUAGAACUGACAGGCCAGACUGACCAAAAUGGCUGCUUUUCCAGAGAGGUGGGGACGGCUCCCUUCAACCUGACUCACUCUGGCUACGAGAUGAGUCUCCAGGCCAAGGCCUCUCUAGUGGAGGAGGGGACAGGGGUGGAGCUCAACGCAACCAAGAGCUGUGACAUCGUGUCUGAAAUCGCUACAGUGACCUUUGAGGACGAUGACGAUACCUACAAGGCUGGAAUCCCCUACACUGGCAAGAUGCUUCUGAAGGCAGCAGGUGGCUCUGUGCUGAAGACUGAGAAGCUGCAGCUCUUUGUUAGCUAUGGGGAUAAGAAUAAGAACCAGACCUUCCUGACCGACGAGUCUGGCAGAGCCUCCUUCGAGCUGGACACCUCCAGCUGGACCGGGUGGGUCACUCUGAAGGGGCGCUUCAAGCAGGUGGAUCGCAGCUCUGUGUAUGGAAGAGUCUCUCCCAGUUACCAGGAUGCCGAUCGUCACCUGGAGCCCUUCUACUCCAAGAGCCAGAGUUUCCUGAAGAUCCGCUCGCUGGGAGGCGUGCUGUCCUGCGACCAGGCCCAGCAGCUCCAGGUGGAUUAUGUCAUUGCUAAGGAGGCCCUAGGGUCCAGGAGCCUGGAUUUCAUCUUCCUGGUCGUGGCCAAGGGAGCCAUUGCCAGUAUCCUCCACAAGGGGCUGGACCUCAGAGAGGGGGCUGGGCUGAAGGGCUCCUUCUCCGUGGAGCUGCCCGUCGGUGCUGACCUGGCUCCCGCUGCCAUGGUGCUGGGUUACACAGUGCUGCCCGAUGGCGAGAUGGCUGCCGACCGCACCCAGCUGCACAUGGCCAAGUGCCUCCCGAACAAGGUGAAGCUGACCUUCUCGCGACCGGGCUCAGAGCUCCAGCUGCGGGUGCAGGCUGACCCCGGGUCCCUGUGCGCCAUCCGCGCCGUGGAUCAGAGCGUGCUGCUCAUGAAGCCCGAGGCCGAGCUCAGUGUCGACAUGGUCUAUAACUUGCUCCGCAAUUUUCCCCACGGAGGCUAUCCCACCGCAGAUCAAGUGUAUAUGCAAUGUGAUCAUACACACAUGAGUGAGAUAUCAAAUAUGCGAGAAGUAGGUCCAAUUCUUACCUUCCAUGGCUUUGUUUGGAGUAAUGUUCGGAGGCGGCGCAGAUGGACUAGCAGUUGUAUCCCCCCUCAGGCUGAUGCCUACAGCCUGUUUAAGGAUGUGGCUUUGGAAAUUCUCACCAACACCAAGAAGCCCCGUGAACAUGGCAACUUUUCUUUACCUUUAGAUUUGAUAGGCCAGGGUGCCUGGCCUCACCCCGCAUUGUCCUCACCAGUCAUGACCCCUAAGAACAUGGAGGCAGGUGUGGAUAUUGCAGCAGGGACCCCAGUGAGCAACACCCUGCCCAUGCCAGAACCCAGCGUCCAGGAGGAGCCAGCACCACGUGCGUAUUUCCCAGAAACGUGGCUGUGGGACCUGGUGCCUGUGGGCGAGGGGGGCUCCAAGGACGUCCCAGUCUCGGUGCCCGACACCAUCACAGAGUGGAAAGCUGGGAUGUUCUGCACGGCGGAGUUGGGCUUUGGGCUCUUGCCCACGGCCACCUUCACGGCCUUCAAACCCUUCUUUGUGGAGCUGGCCUUGCCGUACUCCGUGAUCCAGGGAGAGACCUUUGCCCUAAAGGCCACCGUCUUCAACUACCUGCGGCAGUGCAUCAAGGUGCGGGUGAUGCUGGCGGAGUCUGCGCAGUUCCAGGUGCAGGCGGGCGAGGACGGCGCCUACAACAGCUGCCUCUGUGCAGACAAAGGGAAAACCUUCCAGUGGGAGGUGACGGCGAACAGCCUCGGGGAGGUGAACGUCACCGUCAGCACCGAGGCUCUGCGCACCGAGGAGCUGUGCGGCACAGAGCUGGCCGUGGUGCCAGCCCAGGGGCGAGUGGACACCGUGAUAAAGCCCCUGCUGGUCCAGCCGGGGGGGAUCCUGGAGGAGAAGGUGCACAGCUCCCUGCUCUGCCAGGAAGCCUCGGAAGAAAUCUCCUUGCAGCUGCCUGCGAACGUCCUGGCAGGGUCCGAGCGGGCCCACGUGACUGUCCUGGGAGACAUAAUGGGCACGGCUCUGCAGGACAUAGACCACCUGCUGGCCAUGCCCGACGGCUGCGGAGAGCAGAACAUGGUCCAGUUCGCUUCCAACAUCUACAUCCAGCAGUACCUGGAGAAGAGCGGGCAGCUGAGCCCGGAGAUCAGAGACAAAGCCCAGGGAUUCCUCCAGAGCGGCUACCAGCGCGAGCUGCUCUAUAAACACAAUGACGGCUCUUACAGCGCCUUUGGGGAUAGCGACGACACGGGCAACACCUGGCUGACGGCCUUCGUUCUCAAGUCCUUUGGUCAGGCCAGGCCCUACAUCUCCAUCAAUGAAAAGCACCUAGAGGACGCCCUAAGGUGGCUGCAGCACCACCAGCUGGAGAACGGCUGCUUCCGCAGUGUGGGGAAGCUGUUAAACAACGCCCUGCAGGGCGGCGUGGUGGAUGAGCUCUCUCUCUCGGUUUACAUCACGGCAGCGCUGCUGGAGUUGGGGCAGCCGCUCACGGACCGUAUGGUGACCAGGGCCCUCCAGUGCCUCCGGGAGUCGAGCACCAGCGACCUCUACACGCAGGCGCUGCUGGCCUACGCCUUCGGGCUGGCGGGGAGCACUGAGCUGCGGGACGCUCUCCUGCAGCGCCUGGCCCAGCACAGCGUCAGCGCCGGGGGACAGCUGCACUGGCAGAGGAAGGUGAAGGCCCUGCCCAGCCCCUAUGGGAACCAGGCCCUGUCAGCGGAGGUGGAGAUGACUGCUUAUGUGCUCCUGGCCUAUCUCUCCCUUCCCAACGUGUCUGCUGCCGACAUGACGACUGCUGCCCAGAUCGUCCGCUGGCUCAGCAAGCAGCAGAACCCCUACAGGGGCUUCGCCUCCACGCAGGACACGGUGGUGGCCCUGCAGGCCUUGGCCAAAUACGCGGCCCUGACGUACAGCGCGAGCAUGGCUGUGUCGGUGAUGGUGAGCUCCCAGGCCGGGGCCCGGCAGCAAUUCCACGUGGAGAACGCCAACCGGCUGGUGCUGCAGCGAGCGGCCCUGCAGGAGAUCCCCGGGCAGUACACGGUGCGGGCCAGCGGCAAGGGCUGUGUCUUUGUGCAGCUGACUCUGCGUUACAACGUGCCGCCCCCAAAGAGCACCACAACCUUUGACCUGCGGGUGGAGACGGAGCCAAAGGAGUGCACCGAGAGCGCCAGAUCCCGCUUCAGCCUCGUGCUGCACGCCCGGUACAGCGGGGAGCGCCCAGCCUCCAACAUGGCCAUCAUCGAGGCCAAGCUGCCGUCCGGCUAUACCUCCGUCAAGAGCUCCCUGCAGCAGCUGGAGAAGCAGCCUUUGGUGAAGAGGCUGGAGGUGCAGAACGACCAGGUGACGCUCUAUCUGGACCAGCUGACGAAGGAGGCGGCAAAUUUCACCUUUUCCCUGGAGCAGGAUUUCCCUUUGAAGAAUCUCAGAGCAGCCCCAGUGAGACUGUACGAUUACUAUGAGAAGGGUGAACACACAGAGGCCGAGUACAGCGCCCCCUGCGGCUCAGGUGAGGAAAAUAAAGAACAUGGCCAUGUGAGUGCAGAGUACCAGGAAGGUUCCACCUAAAGUACGGUCAUUUGGAGGGCUAGUUUCAAUGUCCAGAAAAGGUAGAGAUCUCUCGGAAUUUUCUACUAAAAUACUCCUAACUUCAGCAUAUUGGAUUAUCCCUGAAGACGUCAUGUUGGAAUUGGUUAUGGUAUACGCCUAUGUACUUGAAGGAUAUUGUUAUAUGGUUAUUAAGGAACAAAAAGGGAAUAAUACCCCAAUAUUCUUCACGCUACAUGACAAUCGGGAACAUGAUCCAAGUUUGAACCCCACUGGGCAACUAAAGUACAUAAAGAAAUUAUCCACUGGAUGCAGCUGGAUGUUAGACCCCUCACCAUUUCUUGGAUGUUCACAGGAUCUCAAAGACUGGGACUCUUUUAAAUGUGUUAAGAUGAAGAUCUCUGUACCACCGUAUGUAUCGCCUGCGAAUUUCAGUAUGUCAGCCAUUCGUCACCAUCACAAUCCUCACACCUCCAUUGUCAAACUGUAUGUAUACACUCCGGAUAAUCAGUACCACAUUAUGAAUUUAUCAUGCCAUCCUUGCUAUAAUCAGUGUUCCACUUCGUUGAGCCAUUAUGUUUUGUCUAAAUUUUAUCUUUUGGAUAAUUCCGUUCUUAUAUACAAUGUCACUUGUACCGGGCAAUAAACUAUAGGAAUCAACAUCUCAGACUCUGGGAAAUGGACAGUGAAAGGUCCUUUUGAACUGGUUGAACACUUUAAGAUUACUGUCUCUCCACCACCAAGAAUAAGUUAUGUGGGACCAUUUGUAAUCAAGAAGGAUAUCACAAGAAUCAUCAUGAUUGAUCCCCAGUUUGUCCUUAAAUGUAUAAUCAUGCCUGUGCAAAUUUCCGUCAUCCCAAUGCAUAGUACUUGUGCUCCAUACGUCAUUCCCCUUCUCAGAGGAUGGAAUGCCUGGCUUAAAGGUAUCUUGACCACCUCUACGUAUCAAAGGCGUAAACGUGAUCUAGUGGCAAAGGUCCUGGGUAACGUAGGAGCUGGACUUGGCGUUUUAAAUACAAUAGACCAAAAUCUAUCGGCCAAAAGAAUUGGGGAAUUGGGUCAUGAUGUUUCGACGCUAUCUGAACCACUGUCUUCAGCCCUACUAGAGCUCGGCAAAACAGAAUUUGACAUUGUAAAUAUAUUACCAUACUGUCUCAAAGUACAAGAGCUGGACCAUCUCAGUGUAUUAGGAGCCUUAGGAAUUCUACAGUCAAAUCUGUCAGAGGUCUUUGCAUGCGCUGAGGCCCAGCAGUGACUCCCGGAUAUUGCCAAAUCAAUCAUAAGAGAUGAUUUCAGUGGCAAUCUGCCUUUAGAACUUAAAAGAAUUCUAUGGACUAACUCAACAGACUUUGAAAGAACACAUCAUCAAUGGUGGAAGGUAGUUAACUUCACCUAUUUCCCCUAUAACCAUACCAUCAUUGCCCUUGUCCUCACCCUAAAGGCAGCCACCCAGGAAGACAUCUAUCCAAUUAUAGAUGAGUCUCUUUGCAAUUAAGUCCUUAUUGGUACCCUUGGAAACAAGUAAAUGGGUUCAUCUUAGGGCUAAGGAGUACGAAGUGAUUAAUCUCCAGGUGUGUGAAGAACAGAAAGGAUUGAGGUACACGUGUACUACAGGUGUGUUAGAAGAAUCACAUGUAUGUUUAAACACUAAACCAGGCAUCUGCAAUUAUGAACUACACCAUCAUUCCGUAGACAAUCAUUCUGCAGUGCUAGAAGUGGACAGACAUUGUCUUUGCAUUAGAAGCCUCUGACCAAUGUUCAUAGUUAAUAAGUUUUAUAAAAUUAAAAACAAUUUUACGGCCAACAUAUGUCUGUGUCAAAUUUACAGCAUAGUAGGAUUUGAUAUCCAAAUCACCCUACAUGACAUAGAAACAGAAGACAUACAAACUAUAAAAUAUAUGAUUACCUUGAGCCAAAACAUAUUGGAGCAGAGUUGGAG